AUGUCUGAUAAUCAAAAAAGGUUGAUUUUACGAAAACCAUCUUCUGAUGAUGAUGCUUUGACUAUGGAUGAAAAUAAGAAGAUGUUGUAUUCUGAUAACAUGGAUAAUUCUACAAAUCCUCAUGUCCCUGAAAAUUCUAGUCACAACAAAAGUGAUGAUGAAUUUACAGUUAUCCAUUCAAAUGCAAUUUCACCACCACCUGAAAGAAUUGGAAGUUCUGAACACUCUGAACCUAUUAAAAUAAAAAAAAAUAAGUUUAAUUAUCAAUCAAGAAUAAAAAUUAUUCCUAAUAAUCGUCAGGGACAAUUAAAUACAAUUUUUCUUUCCUCAAUUCCUGGGUUGAUGAAAAUUGCUGAAGUAGUAAUAGCAUUUAUUUCAUUUAUUCUUGCAAUUUGUAGUGAUCGUAGAUCAACACAAUCUGCCUGGACUGAACAUAUAACAUUUGAAUCAAUGUUAGUUGUUUCAUGUCUUAUUAUUGGAUAUGUUUGUUUUCCACAUUUAACUUUGAAUGAUGAAAAAACAAGAGAAGGUUUAAUAGUUGUAGAAUUGUUAUUUUAUGGAAUUCAUACUCUUUUCUAUUUUAUUGCUAUUUGGCUUAUGAUUCACCUAUCAGCUGCCUGGACAUCAGAAGGUAGAGGUGCAGCUAUAAUGUCAUCUGUACUUUGUGUAGCACUCCUUAUUUUAUUUGCUAUUGAAACUAUUAAAAAAUGGAAAGCAUGGAAAAGUGAAAAUAGUUCUACAAUUGUAAGAGAACCAAUUACAAAAGAGGAACAAACUGAUGUCAACGAUCAAGUAUAA